UUGAAGGUUUCUCUCAAAGUACCAUCCGUACCGCAAGCUAGAUGCAAAACUGUUUUAUGGGAAACCCGUGCGUGGAGUCCAAAGUCCAUCUUCAGAUGGCAGAACUGUAUAUUCCGAGGUUGAAGAUAUAAACACUGUAUUUGGAAAAGGUCAAAAGGGUUUGCCUGAUGGUAUUUGUCAACCAAAAAAACAAUAAGUUAUUAGCACUCAUCCUUCUCUUCUGAUCAUCAUGGGCUCAUCAUCUCAUUAGCUUAUCAAGAUAAGUUGUUUCACACAUAUGGAUUCAAGAAUGAACCUUGACGAAGAGGAAGAGACUUCAAAUGAGAUUGAAGAGACUUCAGAUGAGAUUGAAGAAAAUACAUCUCACCCUCCCCGUGGAUCGGCUUGUCUAGACAAGGUCAGAAACGGGGUUAAUUUAUCGGUUGAGUUCCAACGUGGUACUUUUCUCCCGCUUGGUAAAUCUAGUACAAGGUAUACUAAUUGGGUAGGAUUGGAGACUAGAACAUCCAUUUCAAUCCUUUUGGAGGAUUGGAAGAAAGUUAAACAAGAGGACAAGGAUCAUUUGUGGUCGGCGGUUCAGAAACAUUGGAACAUACCAAAUAACGACGACACCAAACAUAUCAAGAACUCCACCUUGAAGAUUGCUAAUACAUCAUGGAGAAACUUUAAGAAGAACCUUAUUUCUAAAUAUGUGCGUAAGGGAAAAGUCCCUUUUUUGAAAUACAAGUUCAUCAAAGAAGAGACAUGGGCAAAUUUCUGUUGUCUCAAGUCGACUAAUGAAUUCAAGGUAAAAAGUGAAAAAGGGAAGGAUCUUGUGAAGUUGAACAAGAACCCACACUGUCUAGGAUCACGAGGGUACCUUCCAAAGAUACCACAGUGGGAGAAAGAGAAGGAGCUAAGUAAAUGUCCAGAGUUAUUUAGCCUAUCAACUGAGCGAGCACGUAAUUUUCUACUAGCAAGGCGAGUUAAAGUUGGGCCUGGGCCUGGUGACUAUGAGCUACCUGAGAACCUUCUGCCAUUGCAACUCAGAUUGUAAGCUAGUUUCUUUAUUCUGUUACGUCUUCACAGUAACGAGAGUAUGUUUCUAAGUAUGUCUAGUUAUUGGAUUUUUGUUUAAGUGUAAAUGGGUGCUUUUAUAAAAUGACAAAUUGAAAAAGAGCAAUUAGCACCGGGUGACGAUUCCCUGGUAGCGGUGAUGGGAAAGGACCAUCCGGGUUGCACUAGAGGUGUAAGUCACAAUGUCGGGGUGAGAACUACCCUUCCGGGCAUCGCAGAUAAGAUAAGAAAACAUGAAGACAUAAAGUCGCUUAAAAGAACCUUGGAGGAUCAACAAAAGCAUAUGGAGGAUCAGGAAAGAUAGAUUCAAGAGUUACAAAUAUCCAAUGCUAACUUUAUGGAUCAGCAAAAGCAUAUGCAGGAGCAAAUUCAAACUAUCCUAUCUCAACAACAUCCAUCCACUAGUAGCCCUGGGAUGCAACAUAGUAGUGAAGGUUCAACAACUUGCUUAGAGUGGGCCACUAUUCUCGAGAAACCUACACAAUGCGAGCUAAUUCAUGGCUCGACUCGAUUAGCUUGUGCUAAGGGGAUGGUGUAUCCUAUAGGUGAUGGGAUCCUUCAUAGCGUUCCAAUGAAGGCAAGUUGUGUGAAGGUUCAGAUAGACAUGGUAUAUGAUGGAUUUGGUGAUUUUGACCUUCCCGUGCAUAAUGAAGAAUUGGAGACGCUGAAAGAUGCGAAUGGGGCCUAUAUUCAAUGGCCGCAAACUGAUGUUUUACUUAAGGUCUCCAAAAUGAAUGUUGCAAAACCAACACUCAUGGUCGAAAAAAGUCAAUCACAAAAGUUCCAUGUUCAAAAUGAAGAUAUCGAGGUGCAUUCCAAGAGGCAAAAGUUGCCUCAAAAGUCCAAAGUGAAUCAAUCAAUCAACGUCAGUAUGCCUGCUAAAAUGCGUUAUCGACCAAUAGAAUUACAAAGAUUUUAUUCCUGUUUGAACUCCAAUGAUGAGUGGCGUCGAAUGGGGGUUACAGUUGAAGCUGAGAAAGGGGUUUUUGGAGCUGAGGGAACAUUGAUUGCAUUAAGCUAUGAUGACUUGUAUGACUUAUUGAGGCAACGUUGGCUGGAGUCGGGCAUCAUAGCUGCAUAUAUGAGUGGACUGCAUUUGUUAUUGUCCCAAAAGCCAAGGAACAACCGUUGUGCUUUCAUACACCCGGAUUCAAUUAGCGAUCUUUAGAUAUAGUCUUCACCAUCACAUGUGGCUGAUCUAAUCUAUAAUGCAUUUACCGCAUCACAUAACAAAAACAAAGAGUUUUUCAUUGCACCAUGCAUGGAUGGGAAUCAUUGGGUGCUGUUACUUGUCUUGCCUAAAAGCCGCAGUGUUUAUGUCUUGGAUUCAACCCGUGAGCAGUCUGAAAGGAAGCCAGAAUCAUAUCGGAUUAAAUCAUUAUUUGACAAGGCUAUUAUAAAAUAUAGUCCAAGUAUUUUGGCUGGACUAGUAACAUGGAUAAUGACUCAGUGCAAUAAGCAAAAGAAAUCUUGGGAGUGUGGGUACUAUGUUUGCAAAUGGUUGUUUCAAUUUGUGAUGGAACAACAAUAUACUUUUCCUCAGCAGACUCCAUGGAAGAAACAAUGCUUUUCGGAUGCUGAAUUGGACGGGAUAGCUAUUGCAAUUGUCAAGCGGCUAACUCUUAGCUACUUUAAACCAUAGUAUGUCUUUGUAAGCUUUAGACAUCCGUAGUUUAGUAGGUCUCUUCAAACAAAGAUGUUACAUAUAUGUAUGUUAUCUUUAAUGUCUUCGAAUAUGUUUCAUCUUCAUGGUGUUUUUGUAAACUUACGGGGCAUUUUGAUAUAUAUAUAUAUAUAUAUGUGUGUGUGUGUGUGUGUUUCUAA